AUGUGUUGUCCACCUGACUAUACUCUUGCGAAUAGCAUAUCCGGCUCAAUCGCAGGCGACUGCCGGUCCAAUAUUCUGACUGGCGCCAUCGUCACCUACGCAUCAACAUCGGUCACCAACACGCGAGACUGGACUAUGGUAACGACAACCGUCGCAAGACCAACCUAUGUCGGAGCAAUAGCGAUUGUUGGGUGGACUUUCGAUAUUACAGCAUCCGAGACUGCGUCAACUUCGACACUAGGCCUUGGCGAAACUGCAGCAGAAACAACUCGGCCAGAGCAACCCAACACUACCAGCGUUUCCCCCCAAGGAACCACAGCGUCAGAAGCCUUCACAACCACAACCUCCCCAGCCCUGGCUACGACUGCACCGCCCGCUCUUUCGGGACUGCCGCUGCCUACCACCAUAGGCGUUGGUGUUGGUGCUGGAGCAGGGGUUAUAAUUCUGACUGCACUUGCGUUCUUUCUAUGGCGAAGGAAGCGUAAACAGCAACGUCGGUGCGAGCCACCGCCUGCCGACGACUUUCAACCCCCGAUGCCGGUGAAGCCGGACAAGUUCUCGUACGUUGCAAGACACCAUGAACUGUAUGGGCAGCAACCCGAGAGACAUAUGGGGGCGGCUGAGAUGCCCGUCCCACAGUACUUUGCGGAGCUGGACGCGAGUGGUCGUGAGAGGAUGUAG